UUAGCGGUGUCCACCGUUUAUUUGUCCCAAGAAACGGUCUUUUCAUCAAAUGAUUAAAAACCAACUGUGCUGAAAUACUGAAUUACCAUUCAAAGAUUAAAUCUCUCAAGUCAAGUUUAAGCCUUACGUUCGGUUACCUUUUAGCUCCUUAUCUGUCUCUCAGCAACUUCCCACAGUUUGUCCAAAACCCAAGAAGACAGGAACCCAAACAACCUCGACAUUCACAACUUCCAACAGUCAAAUUGGUGUACACAUUUCUACUGUUACUUCAAUGGCUUUAACCCAUAACUUCAAUCACAUAUUUCCCACACCCUCUUCAUCCUCGAAACAUAAGCACUCUUUAACUACUACACUUCCAUUUUCACCCAAAACUCACACCAACUCACACUUCUUCAGCACUAACAUUCCUUCAAGAAUUCACAACCUUCAAAACCCACUACCAACUUUCACCAGAAGACUGUUUCUCCCUUCAGUUUCUGGCAUUUGGGAUGCCUUAACAGGAGGCAACAACAAUGCCCGUGAAGCUGUUAUGGCUAUUAGACGUGGAAUGCUACUCUUUAGACAGGGUGAUGUUUUGGGAUCUUUAGUGGAGUUUGACAAGGCAAUUGAGUUGGAUACUCGUCAAAAAGCAUAUCUUUGGCAGAGGGGGCUAUCACUUUACUAUGUUGAUAGGUUUGAAGAUGGGGCAGAGCAGUUUCGAAUAGAUGUUGCACAGAAUCCAAAUGACACGGAGGAGUCAAUAUGGUGCUUUCUGUGUGAAGCUCAAUUGUAUGGAGUUGAUGAAGCAAGGAAGCGAUUUCUUGAGGUUGGUAGGGAUCCAAGACCUGUUAUGCGGGAAGCUUAUAACAUGUUUAAAGAUGGUGGUGACCCAGAAAAGUUUGCCACUGCAUUUUCAAAUGGACAGGGGAAUGAGUAUUUUUAUGCAUCUUUAUAUGCCGGUCUAUAUCAUGAAGCUCAGAAAGAACCAGAGGCGGCCAAAGUUCAAAUAAUUGCUGCAUGUAGGUCUCCUUAUGGACAAAGGUCUGAUGACUAUAUGGCGUCUCUUGCCAAGGUUCACUGUUUAUGUCGAAACUGGAGCAGUGACUGAAAAAUGUUUAGUUUGAUUUUGUAGCAACAAGAAGAUCAAUAAACACAGGAUUGCACAUAUAAUAUUGAGACCAUUCAUAUUAGUUUCUUGUAGUAUAGUUUAUACUUGGAAUCCUGCCAAGUUGCUGAACCCUGCAGAAUUAACGAUUUACAUUUCUUUA